AAAUAUUGGACAACGACUAAAAGUUUUACGUGUUGGUUCUUUGGUUAUUUCAACAGUUCAACAGUAUUCUGAACUUGGAUACGAAUCGAAAAUGAAACAGUAUUGUUGUAUAGCCCUUAUCAGUUUGAUAGUUUUUACGAACGGCGCCAGCGUUCAUCGAGCGAAACGACAAUUUGGUGUUGUCCCUCUCUACUCUUCCUGCAACGAAUAUCUCACGUGCGCUGCUCCAGCUGUUUGUGCUGCUGGAACUUGUCAAUGUGCGCAAGCUUAUCACCCAUCCGGAACUCAAUGUCUUCCUUCUGCUGCCUCUGCGGCCGCUGUGAACGGUGUUUACCAAGUUCCAGCUGGAGUGGCGCCAGCAACAUUCCGAACUGUUUACACGGAUGCUCUCACAGCUGUCCGUCCUGUUUACCAGCCGGUAGUUUAUUACCCACAAGUUGUGAGAACUCCGAUUGCAUGCGCUCUGCCGCCAUGUCAUGAGGUUCCAGUUCCAGUUCCAGUUCCAACCGCACCUGCUACAGUUGCUCCAACCGCUCCCACUGAUCUCCCAACGCCGGCUCCAGAAGCCACCACCACUCCAAGAAGACUCUUCGACAGCCCUUCAAUCGCAUAUCCAGGAGAUUACUGCGAAACAACAAAUAUUAUUUGCGUUGGAGGAAGUUUCUGCGUGAACAACGUUUGCGUUUGCCGCGAAGGCGAAAUCAUUGAGAACAGGCAAUGUGUGCCUGUUGCCACAACAACCACCACCACCACAACUACUACUGCUGCUCCAACAACUGUUAUCACUACAGAACCAACAACUACUACAACAACUACUGAACCAACAACGACCACAACUACAACGACAACGACUACUACUCCAGCACCGACCACUGCAUCCACGACCACAACUACAACAACUACCACCGAGGCACAAACAACAACAACCACUGAGUUAGCAACCACCACCACCACUACCACUGAAGCCCCCACAACAACAUUUUCAACCACCACUACUCCAGCUCCAACAACUACAUUCAUUAUCCCAACUACCGUGGCCCCAAGCAGGGAAGAACCCGGAUGUACUCCUUACAACUGCGCUUGCAACCCAAUGGGAUGUGGACAAGGGCAAAUUGUCAGAAUAAAUUUUGUGAUCCCCGGUCAACAAUGUAACUCUAACAAUCAAUGCCUUGCUGGAUCUUACUGUAACUCUGGAACGUGCCGAUGUGCGAACAGUUUUGAACAACGUGGAACAAUGUGUGUCAGAAGGAGAAAGUAGAUAAGAACAAUUAAAGUGUUCUGCCUACUCUUCCGAUUAUGAUAUUUGUGCGAUUUAUAUGUAAAUAAUUGUAAACGGAAUCCGAAUUCACUCGAAUAAAUAAAUCUAGUUCUAAUUUA